GGCCGGAGAAGUUAGUUGUGCGCGCAGCUUAGUGCGCGGAGCGAGCAAGCGAGCGAACAAGCGAGCAGCGAAGCGCCGGGGCCAUGGGCUGGGGGAGCCGCUGCUUCUGCCCCGGACGGCUGGACCUGCUGUGCGUGCUGGCGCUGCUCUGGGGCUGCCUGCUUCCCGUGUGCAGGACGCGCGUCUACACCAACCACUGGGCAGUCAAAAUCGCCGGCGGCUUCCCGGAGGCCAACCGCAUAGCCAGCAAGUACGGAUUCAUCAACAUAGGACAGAUCGGGGCCCUGAAGGACUACUACCACUUCCACCACAGCAGGACGAUUAAAAGGUCAGUUCUCUCAAGCAGAGGAGCCCACAGUUUCAUUUCAAUGGAACCAAAGGUGGAGUGGAUCCAACAGCAAGUGGUAAAAAAACGGACCAAGAGGGAUUAUGACUUCAGUCGUGCCCAGUCUACUUACUUCAACGAUCCCAAGUGGCCGAGCAUGUGGUAUAUGCACUGCAGUGACAACACACAUCCCUGCCAAUCAGACAUGAAUAUUGAAGGAGCCUGGAAGAGAGGCUACACGGGAAAGAACAUUGUGGUCACCAUCCUGGACGAUGGCAUUGAGAGGACCCAUCCGGACCUGAUGCAGAACUACGAUGCUCUGGCGAGUUGUGACGUGAAUGGAAACGACUUGGACCCAAUGCCUCGUUAUGAUGCAAGCAAUGAGAACAAGCAUGGGACCCGCUGUGCUGGAGAAGUGGCCGCCGCAGCAAACAACUCUCACUGCACAGUUGGAAUUGCUUUCAACGCCAAGAUCGGAGGAGUUCGAAUGCUGGAUGGAGAUGUCACGGAUAUGGUUGAAGCCAAGUCAGUUAGCUUCAAUCCCCAGCACGUACACAUUUACAGCGCCAGCUGGGGCCCAGAUGAUGAUGGCAAGACUGUGGACGGACCAGCUCCACUCACCCGGCAAGCCUUUGAAAACGGCGUUAGAAUGGGGCGGAGGGGCCUCGGCUCUGUCUUUGUCUGGGCAUCAGGAAAUGGCGGAAGGAGCAAAGACCACUGCUCUUGCGACGGCUACACCAACAGCAUCUACACCAUCUCCAUCAGCAGCACAGCCGAAAGCGGAAAGAAGCCUUGGUACCUGGAGGAGUGUUCGUCCACGCUGGCCACAACCUACAGCAGCGGAGAGUCCUAUGAUAAGAAAAUAAUCACCACGGAUCUGAGGCAGCGUUGCACGGACAACCACACAGGGACCUCAGCCUCGGCCCCCAUGGCUGCAGGCAUCAUCGCCCUGGCCCUGGAAGCCAAUCCGUUUCUGACCUGGAGAGACGUGCAGCAUGUUAUUGUCAGGACUUCCCGUGCAGGACAUUUGAACGCUAAUGACUGGAAAACCAAUGCUGCUGGUUUUAAGGUGAGCCAUCUCUAUGGAUUUGGACUGAUGGAUGCAGAAGCCAUGGUGAUGGAGGCGGAGAAGUGGACCACUGUUCCCCAGCAGCACGUAUGCGUGGAGAGCACAGACCGACAAAUCAAGACAAUUCGCCCCAACAGUGCAGUACGUUCCAUCUACAAAGCUUCAGGCUGCUCCGAUAACCCCAACCACCACGUCAACUACCUGGAGCAUGUAGUUGUGCGCAUAACCAUCACCCACCCCAGGAGGGGAGACCUGGCCAUCUACCUGACCUCCCCCUCGGGAACCAGGUCCCAGCUUUUGGCCAACAGGCUUUUUGAUCACUCCAUGGAAGGAUUUAAAAAUUGGGAGUUCAUGACCAUUCAUUGCUGGGGUGAACGAGCUUCCGGUGACUGGAUCCUGGAAGUUUACGAUACUCCCUCUCAGCUGAGGAACUUCAAGACUCCAGGUAAAUUGAAAGAAUGGUCUUUGGUUCUCUAUGGCACCUCCGUGCAGCCAUACUCACCUACCAAUGAGUUUCCUAAAGUGGAACGUGUCCGCUAUAGCCGAGUCGAAGACCCCACUGAUGACUAUGGGACAGAGGAUUAUGCAGGUCCCUGUGACCCUGAGUGCAGUGAGGUGGGCUGUGAUGGGCCGGGACCGGACCACUGCAAUGACUGUUUGCACUACUACUACAAGCUGAAAAACAACACCAGGAUCUGUGUCUCCAGCUGCCCCCCUGGCCACUACCACGCCGACAAGAAGCGAUGCCGAAAGUGUGCCCCCAACUGUGAGUCCUGCUUUGGGAGCCAUGGGGACCAGUGCCUGUCCUGUAAAUAUGGAUACUUCCUGAAUGGAGAAACUAACAGCUGCACCACUCACUGCCCUGAUGGAUCCUAUCAAGACACCAAGAAAAAUCUUUGCCAGAAGUGCAGUGAAAACUGCAAGACAUGUACUGAAUCCGACAACUGUACAGAAUGUAGGGAGGGGUUAAGCCUGCAGGGAUCCCAGUGUUCCGUCGCCUGUGAGGAUGGACAGUACUUCAGCGGCCAGGACUGCCAGCCCUGCCACCGCUUCUGUGCCACUUGUGCUGGGGCAGGCGCUGAUGGGUGUAUUAACUGCACGGAGGGCUACUUCAUGGAGGAUGGGAGGUGUGUGCAGAGCUGUAGUAUCAGCUAUUACUUCGACCACUCUUCAGAAAAUGGAUAUAAAUCCUGCAAAAAAUGUGACACCAGCUGUUUGACAUGCAAUGGUCCAGGGUUCAAGAACUGUACGAGCUGCCCCAGCGGGUAUCUCUUAGACUUAGGAAUGUGUCAGAUGGGAGCCAUCUGCAAGGAUGGAGAAUACACUGACGAGUACGGCCACUGCCAGAGCUGCGAAGCCUCGUGUGCCAACUGCAGGGGGCCAACCCUGGAAGACUGCACUGGCUGCCCCAGCACAAGGAUUUUUGAUGAUGGCCGCUGUGUUUUGAACUGUCCCUCGGGCAAAUUUGAAUUUCAGAACCAAUGCCAUCCGUGCCACUCCACCUGCCAAGAAUGCCAAGGAGAUGAGCCUUCCAACUGCACCUCCUGUCGAGAAGAUGAGCAUGGCCGAGAGCGCUUCCUCUACUGGGGGGAGUGUCGGGAGAGCUGCCCCACAGGCCACUACCCUGCCGACGGGCACACCUGCCAGCCUUGCCCGGACAACUGUCAGCUCUGUCACAGCGCACACAUCUGCACGCGAUGCGUGGGUGGCUACUUCCUGGUGCCCACCAACCACAGCUGCCAGAAGUUAGAGUGUGGACAAGGUGAAGUCCAAGACCCAGACUACGAAGAAUGUGUGCCUUGUGAAGAAGGGUGCCUGGCAUGCAGCCUGGAUGAUCCGGGAACCUGCACAUCAUGCGUUACAGGAUAUUACAUGUUUGAACACCACUGUUACAAAACCUGUCCUGAGAAGACCUACAGAGAAGAAUCUGGAUGCAAAGCGUGUGACACCAACUGCGGCAACUGUGACCAGCAUGAGUGUUACUGGUGUGAAGAGGGCUUCUUCCUCUUGGGCGGCAGUUGUGUGAGGAAGUGUGACCCUGGCUUCUAUGGAGACCCAGAGAUGGGAGAAUGUGAGCCCUGCCACCCAGCCUGCGAGACCUGCACCGGCCUUGGCCACGACCAAUGCAGCAGCUGCCACGAAGGGUUGCAGCUGCUGCAUGGGACGUGUGUGCGCCCCGCCCAGACCCAGGUGGAAGGCAGAUUCUGGAAUGAACCUGUGCGCACCACAAGCCCAUCUUCGGUGAAGAGCCUGCCGCAGGAGCGAAGAAGGUGGAAGUUUCGAAUCAAAAGAGACCUUUUGAGAAGACACCAGCCUUGUGAUUCUUCUUGUAAAACCUGCCAUGGAUCUGCGACCCUGUGCACUUCAUGUCCGAAAGGCACAUAUCUGUUGGCUCAGACCUGCGUCUCAUCCUGUCCCCAAGGCACAUGGCCCUCAGCACGGAGUGGCAACUGUGAGAGCUGUACAGAGGACUGUGCCUCUUGCUCCGAAGACAGUGUAUGCAAAAAGUGCCAAACGCAGCCAGACCGCCCGCUCUUCCUCCACGAAGGCAGAUGUGCCAGCAAGUGCCCUGAGGGCUUCUAUGCAGAAGACGGCACUUGUCAACGCUGCAGCUCCUCCUGCAGAACAUGCGAGGGAAAUGCCACCUACUGCCACUCGUGUGAAGGGGGCCUUGUUCUGGACCAGGGGGCAUGCCGGGAGACCUGCCCCAAGAGGCACGUGGCUGUGGAGGGGAUGUGCAAGCGCUGCCCAGAGAUGUGUCAGGACUGCAUCCAUGAGAAAACAUGCAAAGGUACCUGGGAGCAUCGCAGUGGGGAGCAUGGCUUUGCCGAGCCUCCCCAGCUGGGGGCCGACUAUCUGAGGGUGGGGUGUCCAAGGAGAACUGGGAACCAGUCUCUGUACCUUUACUGAAACUUACCUCCAUGU